AACAGGAAACCAGGAUUUCUUCGGGCUUUGGCAGACUUCGACAUCCAAAUUCUGCUUAACAUCGCUAAGCAAUUCACUUCUCAACUUUGUGCGACCGCUCGCUUUAGGUAAUUACAGCUUUGUUUCCAAAGAGGCCGAAUAAUUAUCAAUUGUGCCCGCUCAGGGCAUCAGGACCACCGCCAUGUCUCAAACUUUAGGCAAGACGCGUCUGGCAUACGCUCGUGCCUGGCAUCAUGUUCCUAUUAGCAGCACACCGCUCCCACUUGGCCGAAUAGCUUCGCGGAUCGCUCAAACGCUCAUGGGCAAGCACAAACCGAUCUAUGAUCCAUCGACGGACUGCGGCGAUUACGUUGUUGCGACUGAUUGCCAGUACAUACGAGUAACUGGCAAGAAGGCUCAACAGAAGCUAUACUAUAGCCACAGCACACGUCCCGGAAGCUUGAAGAGUGUCAGCUUCGAGAGGAUGAUGAGCAAAUGGGGAGGGGGUGAGAUCUUGCGAAGAGCCGUAAGAGGAAUGCUACCAAAGAAUCGUUUAAGGGAUGUAAGAUUAGCGAGGUUGAAAACAUUCGAGGGCCCGGCGCAUCCACAUAAAGCGAAUAUUCUCAAGUAUCCGGGCCAGAAAAUAUUUGAUAUCUCAGCAGAGGAGGCAAGUCGAAUAGACUUGCGGCUAGCAUCAAGAGCAAAUAGGCCGAGUGACGUGCCAGCACGAUAAUAGCGACAAGAAGUUGGCUGGAUUCGAAUGGCAUAUCUGUUUUCAGGAGCACUUCCAAAGCUUUUGUGUUGUUAUUACUUUGAAUAUGUGUGCCAUAUUGUAAAUGACUACCAACAGAAAGCAAAGAAAUUCAAAAGAGCAUAAGAGGCGCACUCGCUUUUUCAAAUCUUACACUUGUUCAAUUUCCCUUUCAAAAGGCAUCAUCCGAG